AUGCACCUUCUAGUCUCUCGUCCUUGUUUGCUUCUUCAGCCGUUUGUUCCCGCACUACGUCCUCCCCCCCGCCCCCACCGCCCUUCCCGUCCUUCUCCCCUCUCUGGCCACACAGGCAUCGCUCUCUCCUUCCUCUGCCUCGCGUCUCACCCUCCUACUACUCCAACGGCUCCCAUUCCCCACUCCACAGCUCCCAUUCCCCAUUCCAGUGCUCUCAUUCCCCACUCCACUGCUCCACACUCUCCAUUCCACUGUUCCCCAAUCCCCAACUCCUUGCUACCCAUUCCCCACCCCCCUGCUCCUUAUUCCCCACCCCCCUGCUCCUUAUUCCCCACCCCCCUGCUCCUUAUUCCCCACCCCUCUGCUCCCCAUUCGCAUCUCCUGAUUACACUGCUCCGCAUUCUCAAAUUCAUUGCUCCCAUCCCCCACUGCACUGCUUCCAUUCCCCAUUCCACUGCUCCCAUUCCCCACUCUACUGCUCCCAUCCCCUAUUCCUCUGCUCCGCAUUCCCUGGCCUUCCCCUGUUUCGAACCAUGCAGGACCGAAUUUCAUCUCACCCUCUGUUUCUCUCAACCGUUGCUCUCACCCUCUGCUAGACUCACUCUCCUUUUCUCACUGCGGUUGCUCUCACCCUCUGCUACACUCACUCUGCUUUUCUCACUGCGGUUGCUCUCACCCUCUGCUACACCCACUCUGCUUCUCUCACUCCGGUUGCUCUCACCCUCUGCCACACUCACUCUGCUUUUCUCACUGCGGUUGCUCUCACCCUCUGCGACCCGUUUAGGGUUUAGGGACAACGCUGUUUGA